CAGGAUGCCUCCUCGGGAGGAGUCGCCGUAUACUACUUUGGGAAUAGCUUCUAAUUCUGAUGAGACAACAAUAAAAAAAGCAUAUCGAAAACUAGCACUUAAAUGGCAUCCUGACAAACAUCCCGAGGAAAAAGACAAGGUAAUUGCUGAGAAGCAAUUCAAAAAAAUCGCUCAAGCUUAUGAGAUUCUUUCUGAUGCGAAGAAGCGUCAAGAAUUUGACCGUUCCGAAAAUCUGUCGACGUUCCGUUCUCGUCGCGGUCGGAUGGACGAUUUUCGUUCGCCGUUCGACAUUUUCCGCGAAUUUUUCGGCAACCGCGACCCAUUCCAGGACAUCUUCUUCGACGAUUCGUUCGCUUUCCCAUCAGAUUCGUUUAUCUUCAAAAAGCACAAAUUCCCGUCGAGCCGAGUGCACAUAUUUUACGAUGACGAGAAAAAGAAGAAAGAUGACGACUGUCAUUUUUCCACCGUAAUCCGCUUCACAUCGGCAUCAGAACCUGGGAAGAACGCGACUGUUCGGAAGACGUCCACAACAACAAAGAUCAUCGAUGGUAAAAAGGUGGUCACAAAGCGAACGGAAAAUGAUGGCGAAGAAGUUGUAGAGAUUUUGGAAGAUGGUGAAUUGAAAUCACGAACAGUGAAUCCGACGGUAGCCGUAGCUGCCGGAGCCAACUAGGCUUCUGUACAUAGUCUGCACACGGGCGAUUCGACGUCUUACCGUACCUCGUACAUAUGUAUCGUUACAGUAGUAUCCACUAUUCACAGCCACUAAUAUGAUCAUAGCAUUGAAAAUGUGUCCACACACUCACUCACCCACUAAUUUUCAACUCGUGUUCGUCUGCCUGCCUGCGCACAUUCGUUUUCACUCCAGUUGCAGCACUCAUCGUCCUGUUCUAGGCGCAUACUUACCCUAUGCAUGAAUUGCUUCAUUGGAUUCUUUUCUUAUUGAUCACUAUCUGCAUUCCCAAUCAAUAAAUCGAUAUGUCGUCGUUGUAUUUAUAGGCUGUCUCACCUUUGUUGUCUCUGUGCUUCUCAUAGUCGCUCUACACUUGGGCUCUCACUCACUCACCCCUCAGCUCUUCUCUCCUCUCAAGAGAUUUUGCCAUAGCCCAAGCUGUGUCGUGCUGCCUGUACGCCCCGCUAUCGCCCCCGUUCGCCCGCCCGCAUUAGCCCCCGUAGUCCCCCCCCCUCUCUCCCGUUCUUCUAAUAUACCGCUGAGCUCAACUCGUUGAGUGCUGAGUUUCUGAGCGCCACUGAUCGUCGUGUUGUGUCCCAAUGUGUCCCAAUAACGUAGUCAGUUCCAGCCCAGCCCAGGCCUCCAGUGGUUUGAGCAUUUCGGUGCCGUUGUUCUUUCAGUGUGUCCGUGUGCGACUGGGUAAAUUAUGUGCGUCCUUGAAAUAAAU